UUCAUUCUCCUGUCUGAAUAAAAAUCAUUUUGCAGUAACCUAGAUCUGAAAGAUGUUAGUCAGCUGCCUAGAUAGGCUGUUUAAUGUCUAGCUAGUGAGUAACAACCAACAACAAAAACAUUGUCUGACGAAUUAGCCAGAUAAUUCCUUCAAAGUUGUAUCUGAUUAGCUAGCUAGGUGGCUGGUAGAAACGAACAACUAGCAACUAAUAGGAAGAUUUUUUUUGUUUGUUAUUGUUUGUUGUUGUCACUAUAGCUACACAUUAGUUAGACUAGCUAGGCAGCUUAUUAACAUUUUUCAGCGCUAGAUUACUGCAAACAUUUUAUUUUUUUUCAGACUGGACAGUGAUAGUAGCUAACGGCGAUAACUAGGCUACAUUGCAGAGCCACCGACAAUUUUAGAGACUUUUCUCCACGCUGCGUUCCUCUAAUCAAUGUCUCUGUAGGAGAUUUUAUUAAGUUGGGAAACCCGAUACGGAAACUAAGAGUUAGGUCCUCCAUUGUGGAAUGAUAGAAUGUGGAAUUAAAAUUAGGGACAAUUUACUUGACGGAUCAUUAGAUCAAAUCAGAUUGGUUACCGCGACGCGGCGAGGGGGUCAAAGUUGAAUUUUUGUCAUCUCCCCCGCGGCCUCGCCGCCUCUCGCCGCGCCGCCGGCAAUCCCAACAUGCCUUGCGGGGUCUGGCCGCCACCUCUCAUUCAAAAUCAAUGGAGGCGGCGCCGCCGCGCGGCGGGAAAGCGUAGCCUAUAGUGUGGCUUCACCAGUUGUGAUGGCGCAGGCUGGUGCCAUCUUCCCCCAUUCUUCCCGACCUGAUGGUUUGGUCCUCCUGCUGAUUGGCCUGUGCGCGCUCUGUGGGGAGGAGUCUCAUGCUGGGCGGAUCCUGGUGUACCCGGUGGACGGCAGCCAUUGGCUGAACAUGGACGUGCUCCUGCGGGAGCUGCACAGAAGGGGACACGUCCUGACUGUGGUGCGCUCCUCCACCAGCUGGUACAUCCCCGAAAACUCCGCCCACUUCUCCUCCGUCACCGUGCCCCUCCAGCAAGCCAUCAACCUGGAGAACCCCGAGUACAUGGCCGACUUCCUGCAGAGGAACCUGGACCUGCGGCGGGGGUCCGUGCUGUCCUUCCUCGGCCUGCAGAGGGAGCUCAUGUCCAUGCUCUCGGAGGCCCACCGCUCCAGCGCCCAGAUGGUGCGCCUCGUCCUGGAGAACUCCACCCUGGUGGAGGAGCUGAAGAGGGCGCGGUUUGACCUCAUGCUCACUGACCCCGGCUUCGCGGGCGGGGUGGUGCUGGGACGUUACCUGGGGCUGCCCAUGGUGUUUAACGUCCGCUGGAUCACCAACGGCGACGGGCACUUCGCCAUCGCGCCCUCGCCCCUCUCCUACGUCCCCACCAUCGGCUCCCAGGUCUCCGACUGCAUGAGCUUCGCCAACAAGCUCAAGAACCUGCUGCAUUUCGGGAUUGGGGUUUACUUGGACCUUGUGGUCGCCAGACCGCACUACCAGGGCGUGUGCGAUGAGUUCCUGGGCGGCAACACCAACGUGUACGAGCUCAUCCAGAGCGCCGACCUGUGGCUGAUGAGGGUGGAUUUUGUCUUCGAGUUCCCGCGCCCCACCAUGCCCAACGUGGUGUACAUGGGUGGGUUCCAGUGCCGCCCCGCCCAGCCCCUCCCCCCUGAGCUGGAGGAGUUUGUGCAAAGCUCCGGGGAGCACGGGGUGGUGCUCAUGUCCCUGGGCACCCUGCUCGGGGGCCUUCAGCCCCACAUUUCGGAGGUCAUCGCCUCGGCCUUCGCCCGCCUGCCUCAGAAGGUGGUGUGGAGGCACCUGGGGGCGAGGCCAUCCACCCUGGGCAACAACACCCUGCUGCUGGACUGGCUUCCCCAAAACGACCUGCUGGGCCACCCCAAGACCCGCGCCUUCGUCACGCACGGGGGCACCAACGGCCUGUACGAGGCCAUCUACCACGGCGUGCCCGUGCUAGGCCUCCCGCUCAUCUUCGACCAGAAGGACAACAUGGUGCGCGUGGAGGCGCGGGGCGCGGGCAUCGUGCUGGACGUGACGGCGCUGGAGGUGGACUCUCUGACCCAGGCUCUGCAGGACGUCCUGGACGAGCAGAAGCCCUACAGGGAGAACAUGCGCAGGCUGUCCCGGCUACACCACGACCGGCCCCUCGAACCUCUGGACAGCGCCCUCUUCUGGAUGGAGUUUGUCAUGAGGCACGGGGGGGCGGCGCACCUGCGCACCGAGUCUUACAGGAUGCCCUGGUACGCCUACCACAACCUGGACGUGCUGGCCUUGCUGCUGGGCUCCGCCACUGCUCUCCUAGUACUCAUCGGCGCCACCUGCAGGUGUCUGUUUCAGAGGCUCUGCAGGACCAGGAAGGUCAAACUGCAGUGAACACACAAGUAUGACAUUGAUGUUUCUACUUGCAGUAUAUGGGGUAUUAUUGUCUCAGAAAUAAAUGCAGCUGGUUCACAUUUGUCA